UCACUCUUUCAUUCAUUCUCAUAAUGGACAACUUUUUCACACCCAUUACUCCCACCACCGAUACAACAACAACAACAACAACCACCACCACCACCACCACCACUACCACCACCACCGGCUUUGCUUCAUCCUCUCAGUACUAUUUUCCACCACUCCCCUACGCAUUUCCUCUAGACCAAUCUGGUCAGUGUUUGGCGUAUCCUGUCGUAAUUGGCGUGAAUCCGCAACCUCAUUUGCUAUCAAAAGAGCAAGAGAGAAGGCUUGUGGAUGCUUGGACGACCAAGAUCGCGAGGAUUAAACGCAAAAUCGCACGCCAGAGGAGCCUCACCUUGAAGCAGAGUUACUCUGCUUCUUGGGCUUCUUCCUCAUUAACUCAGGUGAAUACACGGGAACAGGCUGAUGUUCAGAACAGCAACAAUGUUGUCAACGGAGAUCCCUACACGUUCUGCACGCCGGAUAAGAAGAGGCUUAGAGUUUUGCUUAAGAAAGAGUUGAAGAAUAGUGAUGUUGGGUCUUUGGGAAGGAUUGUCCUUCCAAAGAGAGAAGCAGAGGAAAAUCUUCCAAUCCUCUCUGAUAAAGAUGGGAUCCAAAUUGUGAUCCGAGAUGUGUUUUCUAACAAACAGUGGGGCAUGAAAUACAAGUAUUGGUCAAAUAAUAAGAGCAGAAUGUAUGUUCUUGAAAAUGCAGUGGAUUUUGUAAAGCAAAAUGGUCUGGUGAUUGGAGAUUCCAUUGCCCUUUACGAGGAUGAAUGCAAGAAUCUCUAUGUCUCCAUUGAAAAGGUUGAAAGAGCAGUAGAACAGGAGCACUCAUACAGACAACAUUGUACAAAUCACAGCUCCAACAGCAACAGCCCAUAUCCAUUUACAUACGAGGCUAGGGACGAGGAAGAAGCAUCUUUAGCAUUACUUAUAGAGCAACUUAGACCCAAGGAAGAAGUAGAAGCCAACAGCCUUGCAACUUUGUCCAUGGGAGCUGCUUCUUCACAUAGGCAGCUCGUUUGAUUUAAAUCCUCUGGAAUUCCCUUUUAUGUGGAUCAAUUUGGUCUUCUUUUAAACCAUUUAUGGAUUUUUAUCUCAUAAUUAAAC